UUGUGACAUCAAAAUUGCCUUACGUAAAAAUGGAAAGCAGCAACGUUUUUUUCGAUCCCAUACUAGCGAAUUUUAGCUAUGGAAUUUUUUUAGAAUCAAUUGUAAAUGAUAUCUCAAGUUCAAACAAAAUGCAUCACAUUCGUAUCUCGAGUAGUCAAAAGAAACAAAUUGAUAGUUCUGCCGUACCUAUGCAGGAAAAGGAAGCCACGAACCAAAGUUCAAUGGGUAUCAAUUUGAAAAAUAAAGUAUACGCAGAUAUAAAGAAGAAUAUUAAAGAGCUAAGUGUUGAAUAUCAAAAUUCCAAUGACCGUGUGAAAUCCAUUUCGAACCGCAUUGGUUCGCUCGUUGAAAGUCUUCGAAAAUCUUAAAUGACUUGG